AUGGGGAAGAACUUGGAGAACCAUUCCUCUGGCAUUUCUAUUGAGAACAAUCAUCCAGGAUGUGUGUGGAGCGUACUUCAUAUCCUAAAGUACCACCAUUGGCGAUAUAUCAAGAAAAAGCUUCACCACAAGAGUGGUGGUAAUAGGAAACAUGCCAAGGGGGAUGGAAAUCCAGUAAAUAAUGCAACUGCUUCUAAGGAUGAUGGAACCCCUCAGAACAAAAAUGCUGGAAAUCACCACUCAAAGGUUAUUGAUAAGAAGAUGCAAUCCACGUCAGUCACCAAAGCUUCUGUCAAAUCUCGAAUAAAAUCUAUAAUCUCUGAUGAGCUGUCCAAAAGGAAGGGGCGACAUUGCCGAAGCUCAACUUACCCUAUACGAUCACCCUUGACGCGAAGUGAUUCCUUUCGUCGUACGGAAUUGUCAGAUGAGGAUCUCUUUUCUGAUAUAAGAUUAACUGAUCGAUGCCCCACUGUUGCUGAAGACAAUAACUCUUCCACUGCCAGCUUACUGGAUCCUUUCGUUCCAAAGUCCUUUGAGGACUACAAUUGCGAAGACUGUGGCCCCAUUCUCUCUAGUAAUCACCUGGGACAUAACCAGGCUGAUGAGGCUGAAAAGGAACUAAUUGAGAAUCACUCUCUUCUUCCGGAAAAUUCAAACAACAAAAGGCAGAAAUCAAUACAUGUAAAGGAUCUCAGUAUGGAUGCUUCAGCCCAACAAUCAAAAGAGAUUUUGGAUGCACUAGAUAUGAUCAACCUAGAUAAGGAUUUUUUCUUAAAGAUUUUACAAGACUCAACCAGUCCUUUAGCUCAUCACUUUCACCAUCAACAAGCAUUCACCACAAAAAUGGGAUAUUCGGUCUCAUUCCCUUCACCAGGUCCGUCAUAUGGAAUAGGAUCUGGUGCAAGUAAAGGCAAGCAGAAGCAGGACGGCACAGAGAAGUUGCAAGCAGGUAGUCAAACACAAAAGUCAAUUGAGCCCAAUUAUAGAGAAUAUAUACGUUCAAAGUCAAUGCCAUCAAUAGCUGCUGUUAAGUCCUCUUUGGGUUCAUCCCACCAUCUGAAGAGCCAUGCCCAGAAUCAAGCGGUAGUUAAGCAUUUCAAGAGCCUUAAGCAUAAGAUAAAGCAUGCUAUUAACGAGAGCAAAAACGAGAAGCACAGAAUCGCCAUGGAUGCAAUCCUUCACAAGAUUCCCCAUGGCCAGAGGUUUUCCAUGAACUUGGAAAGGAUCAGUGUUGAUAAUAUGAAGGACCACUCCAUGAGUAGAGAUGGUAAAGGCAGUCCCAAAAGUAACUAUGACUGUGAUCAUUCUCUUCCUUCUACCAGCAAAAGUGAACCACACUGCAUCAGCAGAACAGUAUCUUUCAGUGAAUCACUGGAUAGAUAUUGCCAGUUGUAUGAUUCUAGCUUUAACAAAGAAGCGAAACAACAUUACUCUGAGACAUCAAAAAUCAAAGCAGAAGGUGUGGUUUCACCUCAAGCGAGUGCCUCGAAAUCCAUGAAAAGGUUUUUUUCCUUACCUGACCUCAUUUCCUAUCCUUAUUGCUGUGAGGACUCUUCUGAUUCCUUCUCAUUAAGUCAAUUUAGGACCGUGAUUGAUGGGAAUGUGAGCAUAAGAGGUCAUUUCAGUGAACAAAACAGUCUUGGUCAUCCUAUAGCUUCAGAGCACUUGUCGCGAUUAGAUACUAAAAAUCAUGUAAAAGGGGAUAAUAUGGAGAGUGAAUCAGGUUCAGUUAUUGGAGAUCAGCUGGAUACGACAUUGGUUCCAAACGUUGAGCCAGAUGCAAAGUGCACUUUGAUUGGUGAUGACUCGAGCAACUUGAUGACAGUGGACAGGGAAUCUACUGAUAAGCAGGACAUUCGAUCCCCAACUGAAACUAUUACUGAAGUGAUAGCACCAACUUCUCUCGCAUUCCCUGACUCUGAACUUCAGAAUGUGACGACCAGGCCUGCAAACAUUUUUGUUUCAGAAGAUGCAGAACCAAUUGCGUCACGUCUCCUUCCUGAAAAACUAGAUUAUUUGGAGAACCAUGUAGCAGAAUGCAGCAUGGAUGCACCUACAACGACCGUGGCCGAGGAUGGAGUUGAGGAAAUAGAUUUGAAUAAUGAAAUUGAGCAAUUCCAAGUUGAUGCCAAAGACAAAGCUGAAUUUGAUUUUGUCAGGGACAUACUGACAUUGUCUGGUUUCACCGGGAAGGAAUUGCUAGGAACAUGGAAUUCUGACGACCAACCAGUGCAUUAUUCUGUUUUCGAAGAAGCACAAGGUUGUAUGUUCCUCGACCCUGAGUGUUGUGGAAAUGAAGAAGGUGGCAAUUGUCAUCACCUGCUAUUGUUUGAUCUAAUCAAUGAGGUAUUAAUGGAGAUUUAUGCAAAAUCACACACUUACUAUCCUGUGCCCUUGUCUUCUCUUUCGCAUGUCCGUCCAAUGCCUGUAGGAUACCAUGUCCUUGAGGAGGUCUGGGAAAAUAUAAGCUGGUAUUUGAGCUCAACUACUGAGGGUGACCACUUACUAGAUUAUGCCGUAAGUAGAGAUUUUUCAAAGAAUGAUGGGUGGAUGAACCUGCAAUAUGAUACCGAAUGUGUUGGGCUUGAAUUGGAGGACCUGAUUUUUGAAGAUCUUUUAGAGGAAAUUCUUUGCAGUUAA